AUGCUUAUGCAAAAGCUAGUUGGUAGGAAAGCUCCGAGCUUUGCAAUCAAAAGGGUAAGUUCUGAUGAUAAAGUGAUUUUUGCAAGUGGAUUAGAAGCUGACAAGGAGACUGAGUUUCUGAAUAUUUAUCAGGCAAAUGGCGACAAUUGUUUGGACAAGUCUCUAAACCAUAGUUCACUUGUAACAAAAGCUUUCAUGGUUGCUUGCCUAUAUGCAAUCGAACAGUUCUCUGUUUUAAGUGAGCCAUCAGAUGGCGUUUUCUUAUUUUGGACUGUAGCAUGGAGAAAAAGCUCUCGAGUUAUCAUCUCAUGGAAAAGCCAAGUGCAGUUCGGUGUAGUAGUAAGCACUUUUAGGCCCCUUUCGGCUACUGGAUUACCCCAGUGCUUCAAGUACUAUGGACCCUUUGCCAUCCAUCUAUUCACAUUUCAUUGUAUCAAGGAUUUCGUAUAUGUUUAUCUCGAGGAUUUACUUUUAACUCAUUCAUCCAUGGCUAAUGACGAGGUGGACAACGUGGCUCUCAUGGCCUCGACCAUCUUUACGUUUCGUUACAACCACACCAAGAUGUUCGUGUUUUCCAUCUCUCUGAGAAGUACUCAUGAUUUCAGCUACAUUUAUACCCUUUUAGUGCGAUUGCCUGUCCCAGAUAUAUCCGUGUAUAACGAUAUUAUUAAAUACCUUUCAGGUUCAAGGAGUAAGAAAAGUUCUUCAAUUGCAUUGGUUUUGUAUUGCGAAUUGGUUGAAAAAGGCUUGUUUGGUGAUAACUACACGUACCCUUUUGUUCUCAAAGCGUGUGCCCAGUUGUGCGCUCUGAGAGAAGGGGAAAUGGUGCAUGCCCAUGUGAUAAAAAAUGGGUAUGUGAUGGAUUUGUAUGUGGUCAAUACGUUGAUGCGGUUAUACGGGGUUUGUGGGAGAAUUGGGGAUGUUAGAAAGUUGUUUGAUAAAAGUCCUCACUGGGACUUGGUUUCCUGGACUACUUUGAUCCAAGGGUAUGUGGAUACAGGGUUAUGGCAGGAAGGGGUUAAGGUGUUCUUUGAUACGUGUGAGGCAGGAUAUCGAGCCGAUGAGAAAAUGAUGGCUGUCGUGAUUUCUGCGUGUGCUAAAUUGGGGGAUUUGAGCUUGGGGAGGAAGUUGCAUGAGCAUAUACGCAAUCAAGGGGUAAAUGUUGAUGUUUAUGUUGGAAACUCGUUGGUGGAUAUGUAUUCGAAAUGCGGUGAUAUCGAAUCUGCUCACAAGGUUUUUAAUCAGAUGCCAGUGAGAAAUGUGGUUUCCUGGAAUUCUAUCAUUUUGGGACUGGCAGAGAGUGGGGAUUAUGAAGAAGCCUUGAGGGUGUUCCGCAAAAUGCAAAGGAAAGGAAUUGAUCCAGACGAGGUUACUUUAGUCGGUGUACUCAAUUCUUGUGCUAAUCUCGGGGUUCUUGAAUUCGGGAAGUGGAUUCAUGCUUAUGUGGAUAAAAAUCGAAUUGAAGUGGACGGGUUUAUUGGCAAUGCUCUUAUCGAUAUGUAUGCGAAGUGUGGAAGCAUAGAAGACGCGCUUGAGGUAUUUGAAGAUAUCAAGCGCAAAGAUGUUUAUACAUAUACCACUAUCAUCCGAGAGUUAGCCAUGCACGGGAAAGGGGAAAUGGCGCUUAAGCUGUUCUCUGAGAUGUGUGAACUUGGCAUACAGCCAAACGAAGUGACAUUUAUUGGCAUUCUGACAGCAUGCUGUCAUUCAGGACUCGUGGACGAAGGCCAUAGACAUUUUGCGGAAAUGUCUAAGUUGUAUAACGUAAAACCUCAAACCGAGCACUAUGGCUGCAUGGUCGACCUUUUGGGUCGAGCAGGGAUGAUAAAUGAGGCUGCUGAGUUUGUCGAAAACAUGCCUAUUCAGCCUGAUGUGCUGAUUUGGGGAUCAUUGCUUGGAGCUUGCUGGAUCCAUGGGAAACUUGACCUUGCAGAGAGAGUAAUGGAGAAGUUUGUAAAUGUAGAACUUGAAGAAGAUGGUGCAUAUGUACUCAUGUCAAACAUUUACGCAGCUGAAAAGAAAUGGAGUGAUGCAUUUCGGCUAAGGAAAAGAAUGAAAAAAGGUAAAAUGAAGAAAGACCCUGGAUGCAGCUCAAUUGAAUUGGAUGGCGUGGUUUAUGAAUUUCGCUGUGGGGAUAAAGCACACUCAAUGUCGAAAGAUAUAUACACGUUGCUUGAUAAAAUGAAACACAAUUUAUAUUAUACUGAGCAAUUUAUAGAUGACUCUGUAUAUUUACAGUAG